GAGCGCCAGGGUGGCGUGGUGGUUCCCGAGACGCAGUUCCUCAAGCGCAACGGGCGCUACGAAGACGAGCACCCUUCGUACCAAGAGGUGAAAGCCCAGACUGGGAGCUUUCCAGUUAAAAACCUCACGCAAAGGAGGCCCUUGUCAGCCCGAAGCUACAGUACAGAGAGCUACGGCACGUCCCAAGCGCGGCCGGUCUCAGCGAGGCCGACCAUGGCAGCUCUGCUGGAAAAGAUUCCGUCAGACUAUAACUUGGGUAACUAUGGCGACAAGCCUUCCGAUAACAGUGAUAUAAAGCCAAGGCCUCCCCCUGUGAAGGGAAAUGAGAGCUGUGCUAAAAUGCCCGCUGACUGGAGACAACAGCUACUUAGACAUAUAGAAGCUAGAAGGUUAGACAGGACCGCUGCUUACAAACACCACACAGUUAGCCUUGGCAUGCUGCACUCUGGAGGGGUUUCAGCAAUGCAUGCCGGCCGAAGCAUGACUUUAAACUUGCAGACUAAAUCUAAAUUUGAAAGCCAAAUGCUUCAAGAGCUACCUCUACCGAAAACCCCAUCGCAGCAGAGCAGCAUCCUGGACAAUGGGCAGGAGGAGGUGGCCGUGGGCAGCCAGUGGAACCCCUACCCACUGGGACGGCGCGACGUGCCCCCCGACACCAUCACCAAGAAGGCAGGUAGCCACAUCCAGACCCUCAUGGGAUCCCAAAGCCUGCAGCAUCGGAGUCGGGAGCAGCAGUACGAGGGGAGCAUGAACAAGGUCACCAUCCAACAGUACCAGCCACCACUGCCCAUCCAGAUCCCCUCCCAGAGCUCUCGAGCCCCCCAGCCAGGGAGGUGUCUCAUCCAGACCAAGGGGCAGCGGAGCACGGACGCUUACCAGGAGCAGUUUUGUGUGAGGAUAGAGAAGAAUCCUGGCCUUGGGUUUAGUAUCAGUGGUGGAAUAAGUGGACAAGGAAAUCCAUUCAAACCUUCUGAUAAGGGUAUCUUUGUUACUAGGGUUCAGCCUGACGGCCCAGCCUCCAGCCUGCUCCAGCCCGGCGACAAGAUCCUCCAGGCGAAUGGCCACAGCUUUGUCCACCUGGAACACGAGAAGGCUGUGCUGCUCCUGAAGAGUUUCCAGAACACAGUAGACCUAGUUAUUCAGCGUGAGCUUACUGUCUAAAUAUUUUUUUAUAAAUAGUAAAUAUGUCUAGGCCAGAUCUAAUGUUCAGACAGAUUUAUACAUAGGAAACCAAUUUUUUUUGCCAAUUGCUGGACCAAUGGCAAACAGUAGUGCCAAAUGUAUCAUACUCUAUGUUAGUACCAAUCAUCAGGAGAAAUAUAUUAACUCUAUAAAUAUCUUGGUCAUGUGG